CCAGUUGAAAUGAAUGGUCGAGUUUUACCGGCCCCAAAUCUGAAGAUGAAAGAUGCAACUGUACUCCCCGAGAAAGGAGUUUGGGAAGCAUGGAACAGGGAGUUCUUCAAAGGAGCUGCUAUAGAAACCUGGGCUGUUAUAAAUUAUGAUAAAUUUACAGCCCAAAAGGAUGUGUGGGCCUUUCUGAAUAGUCUUCUGAAGAUGGCAAAAGAGAGAGGAAUGAUUAUGAAUGAACCUGUGAAGAUCAUGGAUGGAAAUGCACCAGAAAAGGAUUUUGCCAAGAUUAUGAAAGAUUUUAAAGGAAUACAGAUGAUUCUAGUGAAUUUACCAUCCAAGAAGGGAGACAAAUAUGACCGUGAAUUUAGUGUUGUGACACAGUGCAUUUUGUCAAAGACCUUAAAGAACCCAAAGCCAGCAACAGUAAACAAUGUGCUUUUGAAAAUCAAUGGUAAAAUGGGUGGAGUGAACAAUACGCUUGGAAGAGAAAGCAGUACUUUUAUACUCACCAGUCCAGUCAUGAUAAUGGGAGCUGAUGUCAACCACCCACCAGCUGAUGACCGGAAAGGCACCCCCUCUUUAGCUGCGGUCGUAGGAUCAAUGGAUUACUUUGCCUCCAAUUACGCAGCACAAGUGAGGCAACAGAUUUCCUGCAAAGAAAUAAUACAAGAUCUCAAGGAGAUGACAAGGAAUCUUCUUAUUGCAUUCUUUAGAAAAACUGGAAAGAAGCCCGAAAGACUCAUAAUGUUUCGUGAUGGUGUGAGUGAGUCGCAAUUUUACACAGUACUGGGAUAUGAGCUUAAGGCAAUGCGCGAAGCCUGCAAAUCACUACAACAGGACUAUAAACCUGGAAUGACUUUCAUUGUCGUACAGAAAAGACAUCAUACCAGAUUGUUUUGUGAUGAUAAAGAUGGAAUUGGCAGAUCCAAAAAUGUUCCACCAGGCACCAUUGUUGACCAAAUCAUCACUCACCCUAGUGAAAUUGACUUUUACUUGUGUUCCCAUCAGGGAAUCUUGGGAACAAGCAAACCUACACAUUAUCGUGUCCUAUGGGAUGAUAAUGAUAUGACGAUGGAUCAACUGCAGUCAAUGUCGUAUGCCAUGUGUCACACUUAUUCCCGCUGUACAAGAUCAGUGUCAAUCCCUGCACCGGCAUACUAUGCUCAUUUAGCAGCAUACAGGGCAAAGGUUCACGGCGGGGCAUACGAGCAAAGGGAAGAAGGGAAAGCAGGUUCUGCGGCAGAUAUCUCGAAAGCCGUUCAGAUGGACCAGAACUUCGCAAUUCAUAAUAAAAUGUACUUCUUGUAGCAAGAAUUUGCAAGCCUGACCAGAUCCAGAUAGUGUCUCUGAACUUUGCUGUUCAUAAUGAAAUGCACUUCUUGUAGCAAGAUUUUGAAGAAUUUGCAAGCCUGACCAGAUCCGGAUAGUGUCUCUGAACUUUGCUGUUCAUAAUGAAAUGCACUUCUUGUAGCAAGAUUUUGAAGAAUUUGCAAGCCUGUCCAGAUCCGGAUAGUGUCUCUGAACUUUGCUGUUCAUAAUGAAAUGCACUUCUUGUAGCAAGAUUUUGAAGAAUUUGCAAGCCUGUCCAGAUUCAUAUGCACAUUUGGGAAGAUAUCUUUUAUUGUAUGAUAAAUGUGUGUUCCAUUUUUUUCACGACAAUACUGUAUCUGCAUAGCAUUAUUUAAUUAUGAUAAACAUUAUCACAAUGAUUAUGGUUUGUGAUGUAAUAAUUAUCAGCCUUUUUAGAUGAUUAAGAAUCACUGAUUGAACCAUGCAAUAUUGUUAAUAAGCUAAUGCAAAGUAUAUUUUAAAAAAAUUGUACAAUUAUUGAAGCAUUUUGUGUGUGUGUGUGUGUGUGUGUGUGUGUGUGUGUGUGUGUGUGUGUGUGUGUGUGUGUGUGUGUGUGUGUGUGUGUUAUCCUACAAGUGUAUUGUGCCUUUGACCAAAGAAAAAAUAAAAUUGGUGAAUAACUAUCAGAGUAUUGUUGAUUCAUUCUUUCUUGAUAUGUAUUAUUAUUGUUAUUUUGUAUUCCUCUGAUGUCUGUACUAAACACACACAAUCAGUUCUAAUAUAUUGUAUGUUAUCAUUUUC